CAGAAACAUCAACAUUAAAUAUUCAUCCUCAUGCUUUCAGCUUUUACCUGCCAGAACGGGAAUUUACUCAGAACAUUAGUGAAAUUACUCCACAACUCCUGCGAUAAACCUCGGAUGCUAGCUGGUGCAAGGAAGGCGACAAAGCUGGUGCAGGCGGGGUCACGCAUUGUUAGCCAUCAGGACUUGUCUAACGCGGUGUGACUGGUGCGUCACUCUUAUAACGAUGUGGUCCGAAAAUUCAUAGACAAGGAAAUGUGAUUCACGAUGAAUCACUAGAAAGACUAGAUUCUGAGUCAGCUCAGCUCGUGGUUAACUCUCAGUAAGCUCAGUUAUUUUGAAGGGUCUGUGGUUCUGUUAUCAUUUCAUUAUUGUGAUGGUUGUCUCCUCCUGAUCAAAACUAGUGAAGUCUGUCUUUACUCUGUUCAGUUAAUGUUAAUUCUCAGUGUGAAGUGCCAUCCCUGAUGGUCACGUCAUUGCAUACUGAACAAAAGGCCUGUUUUAAUUUUACAUGGCUCUAAACACGGCUUCAUGUCUGACAGAGAUCCAGAGUUACUGAGUUUUGUGCUAUAUCUGUCUAAGGACAAAGAAGAAAAAAGGGAGGAGAAAAGGGUAAAAAAAGAAAAGGGUUGAAUGUUUGCCGGGCUGGACUGUCUAGGUGUUACCUGAGUUCAUGUUCACCUGCUCGGGGCUGGAGCCUGAGGCCCUCCUUAGUGACGGCCUGCUUCAGCAUCAUGAUACCCUCUGGGUGUUUGUGUGAGACCCUUUGGUCGCAUCUGUGUUUGCCGUUUCUGUCAGAGUGGGUUCUGAUUAUCUGUGUCCGUGUUCAGCAGAAUCUCUUUCUGCUUAUUUUCGGCCUUCGUGGACACAUUUAUUUCACAGUUAAGAUGAGUGUCACUAAAACUGACAACAUGGAACGUGAAGGGAAUUACUAAUGUAGUAAGAGGCAUAAAAUUCUCUCAGCUCUUCAAAAAGACAGGCCUGUGUCGCUUUUUUUUUUACAAGAGAACCACUUAAGUGAUUCUGAACAUGUACAACUGAGAAGAGACUGAGUGGGUCAAAGCAUCGAGGAUUCAGAUAUUAACAUCUCAGGGCUCCUACACAGAGACAAGUUUAUUCUGGGGUGCAUUUAUUCUCAAAAUGCAUCCGAGGCCUCCUUCUGUUCCAAACUGAUAGCCAUUUUAUCUUCUAACUCAUCAACUCUCAUCAUCUUGGGCCUGCUUGGUGCCAGAACUGGACCAGAACCCUGUAAAAUCCAUUCACCCAUCUAAAAGAAGACUAUGCAGUGAUUUGAACCCAUCUGACACCUGGAGAAUACUGAACCCAAAGUGAAGGAUUUCACCUUCUUCACCUGCCCACAUAAUUCAUUUAAGGAUUGUUGUCCGCUCAGGCAGGCGUUGGAACGGGUCACAACAUGUAGUAUUAAAGCCGCGACACUCUCGGAUCAGUCAUGUCUGGAGCUGAACCUCCCUGCUGCGACCCGGCUGCACGUCACUGGCAGCUCAACCCCUCCUGGCCCAGUAAUCCCACCUUUCUGACUCUAUUGGAGGAACAACUGAACGACACACCUGAUGUCUCAGCAUCAACACUAUGGGAAUCUGCAAAGGCCAAUCUGAGGGAGCAUCCAGAGAUUUCUUUCUGGACCGCUUACUGGGCGGUACAACAGGGUCCACAGGGGGUGCUGCAGCGUGGAGGCGUCUGACUCCUCUCUACUUGCAUAACCUGUUUCCUCACAGUGCUUUUGUCUCAUUGCCACAGCUGCCUGCUCACUGAUUCACAGGUGAUUUGCAAACUGUGAACUUUGUAAGAAUUGCCCAUGUGAGGACUUGCACGCUGUCCAAUACUUGUUUGUUUUUUUCCUUCCUUACCUUCUAUUAUAUUUCUCUUUGAAUUUGCCUCUGAAUUAAUUACUUUUUACUUUAAAAUUUUUUUAAUUUUGUAUCAUUUUGCAAAAUGCAAAGAGAAAGAAAACCAGUGAAGACCCGGUUCAGUGUGACCCUUCGGAUCUGAUGGCGCAGAGGAGCUCCAUGUGGCUCUGACCGAGGGUUAUCAGCCAAUCACACUGAUUGAUCAGCAGGAGUUACGACAUACUGAUUAACCAUCAGGUGUGAGUGUGUGCAUGCGUGUGUGUGUGUUGCCGGUCGCAGUUCGGCAGAUCGUCCGUCUGCUCACCACGUCACACUGAACCGGGACGGAAAGUUACUUUACUUCCCUCAGUGUGAAGAAUCCGAGGAGACACGAGGCACAUGUUCAUUUGUGAAAACACUUUAAGGCUCUGCAGCAGCUGCACAGACUCCACCAGUGAUCCAAUGUUCUCCAGCAUGAUGACUGUGUUGAGCAGCUCCGACAGAGCUGUCAGCUGUGGUACCAUCAGCUGUGGUACCAUCAGCUGUGGUACCGUGGUGUUCUGGACCUCCUGCUGCAGCCUUCAGAACACAAUCACAUCUUUUCACAAACAAACAGAAACAAGCGCAGGGACGCCUCCAGACGUCUCUCUGAGUUUCCUGCUGCUGCAGCAGAUGAAGGUCACAGCUUCAGGCCACAGAGCAGCAGACAAAGGCGUCUCCUCAGACAUGAAGCUGAAUGUGCUCCUCCUCCUCCUGCUCCUCCUCGCUGCCGUCCUCCCUCACUCUACUAACUGUCGACCAGCCGACGCUCCCCCCGGCCUCCGCCUGCUCCUCCCCAGACCACUGCUGCUCCACCUGGGGGAGGAGUUCUCCCUGCAGCUGGGUGGAGGUGGAGAAUCCUCCCCUGCUGCUGGUGCAGACAUCGUCUCCUCUUCCUCUUCCUCCUCCUCCUCUUCCUCCUCCUCGUCCUCGGUGGUGAGCCGGGCUCUGCUGCAGCUCACACAGCGCCUCCUGCAUGGCCGGGCGGAGCAGCAGGAGGAGGUGGAGGAGAAGGGGAAGAGGUCCGAGGAGCCUCCCAUCUCUCUGGAUCUUACUUUCCACCUGCUGAGGGAGGUUCUGGAGAUGGCCCGGGCCGAGCAGAUCGCCCAGCAGGCAGACAGCAACCGUAGGAUGAUGGACGACUUCGGGAAAUGAGUCGGACCCACAAACUGUUUACGUGGUUCUGUUCUGAUCGUGUUUCGGGUUCUAUCUCCACAAGCACGACAGGAAAACAUGAAAAACUGAAUUUGAACCAAAAUGUAAACAGCUUCUUUUUGUUUCUCUUGUGUCUGUCUGGCAGCAGAACCGAGCCAGCGUUCAUGUGAGCAACACCUGAAUCAUGUUCGUCAAUCAGAAGGUCCAAACUUUCUUCUUCUGUAGAAUCAUCUCGUGGUACUAUUUAUUUACUGAUGUUCUGAUGAAUUACAGCCAUUGAUGAAUGAUUGAUUGGCUUUUGUGUUUAUUGAUAGAACAAACCUGUCGAUCCACAGCUCUGUGAAUAUUGAUUUAUGAAGUUUCUGGUUUGAUAAAAAAUAAAUUUUAACAUCUAUAAAGUUUUUAAAGACGCUUCAAUCAGCUGAACAUCUUUAACAUCUCAAAUGAAAAUACACCUGAUUUUAUUUUUAAUAUAUGAGUUCUGAUGGAUGAAAUACAUUCUGACGGGUUCGAAGUUGUUGUGGAUGUUUUAAUCUGUUGUUGUUAUAAAUCCGUUGGUGUCAGAACCUCAGAAUCUCAGAAGGUUUUAGAUCUACAGUGAAACUGUUCAGAGUCUGCUGCUGCUUCAAACGGAGACGACUGGCUGGCUCAGAGCGGCUGCUGGGCCACCGUACAAACACACUUCCUGUUUGCUUGUGUGUAUCACUGACUGUGACGGACCGGGUCGGGAUCAACUGUCGACCCAAAAUAAAUGGCUAAAUAAAUUAUGUGACUUUUG